AUGACUAACCAAACCUCUCCUGCUGGUUCGCCUCGUCGUGGCGAUAGAUCUUCCUCGACAAUUUCACAUUAUUCGAAUGUGUUGAUUGAGGAGCCGCCGCCAUUGACUGCAGCUUCUGUCGCAUCAACGCACUUUGCACAGGAACUGGCUCUGCAUGAAUCAGAGACAACUUCUGCGCAGGUCGCCGUCAUUCUGCACGAUGCGUGCUAUGGUCAUCGAUUUUCUAGGCCAAAGACUUCCAAGGGCAUGCUGAGCAUGAUUGUCGAAAGGCCGGAACGUGUUCUUGCUGCUGUUCUUGGUAUUUGCACAGCAUAUGUUCGUCUUGGGUCAAGGCACUCAGGAGGUCAACAUGCGCCACACCCAGACAGGCAACCAGAUUCGCGCAUUCCAUUCAGGAUCAAGAAGACUUCUCGCGCAGUGCCACUGACAUCGCCAUUUGUUUCUGCUGUGCACGGAACUGAGUGGAUGAAGGAAUUGGAGACCAUGUGUAAUGUAGCAGGCGAGAGACUGGCAUUGCAUAUGAAGGAGUUGGCCAGACCAGAAGUGCUAGGCGCAACCAAGGAGAAAGACCCUUUCCACGAAGGCGACUUGUACCUUUGCUCGGAAUCUCUCAAUGCGCUUCAAGGAGCUGUUGGCGGUGUUUGUGAGGCGGUUGACACGAUCUUCUCCAGCAUUCCAAACUCUCCGAGACGUGCUUUCGUCGCAAUUCGUCCUCCUGGUCACCACUGCUCAUCAGACUUUCCUUCUGGCUUCUGUUGGAUUAACAAUGUUCACAUUGGCAUAGAAUAUGCUGCUCAAACUUAUGGCCUUACUCAUGCCGUAAUCCUGGAUAUCGACCUGCAUCAUGGCGAUGGCUCUCAGGAUAUCACUUGGGACAGAAAUGCGAAGAGUGCCAGGAUGCCGAAAAACGCUUCUUUCACCAAAAAGACCGCGAUUGGAUAUUACAGUAUGCACGACAUCAACUCAUAUCCUUGCGAAGAGGGAGAUAAAGAUAAGGUCACGAACGCCAGUCUUUGCAUCGACAACAUCCACAAUCAAUCUAUCUGGAACGUUCAUCUGGAAGCCUGGAGAACCAUGGAUGAGUUCUGGGCUCUGUACGAAGGAAAAUAUCUGACCUUGCUGGAGAAGGCUCGCACAUUCCUGAAAAGACACACUCAGAUGAUCAAAGACUCGCCAAAGCAAGCACCACCAAAGGCUGCUAUUUUUAUUUCUGCUGGUUUCGACGCAAGUCAAUGGGAAGGCGCUGGCAUGCAGAGACAUGCAGUGAACGUACCCACCGAAUUUUAUGCUCGAUUCGCAAAAGAUGUUGUCAAGUUGGCUCAAGAAGAAGGUACGGGAGUCAACGGUCGCGUCAUAUCUGUACUAGAAGGCGGCUAUAGCGAUCGAGCCCUCUGCAGUGGUUUACUCAGUCAUAUCUCUGGACUCUGCCAGGAUCCCAGCCCAGCGACUUCGAACGGUUCACCAGCACAGCAAGCCGACGAUGAUAUCACGAGUGCUAUGCAAAGCAUGAAUAUCGCAUCCAGUCCUACCAAUACACCUGCGCAUCGGUCUCCGGAGUACGACUCCAGCUGGUGGGAUGUGAAAAAUUUGCAGGCCUUGGAAAGUCAUGUUACGCCACCUCCUCCUCCAGCCCCUGCCAGAACUCAGCGAACAGCCAUGCCGACAUAUGCUACGCCCACGCAAUCGUUCACAGGAAAGGUCGUUGACCCUCUCAAGUUUCAGCGGUCAAUCUCAGGGACAAUGCGACCAAUGUCGCCCAGACCUUCUGGUCCGAGAGAGCCUCCUGGGGUGAAUUGGAUCGUUGCCGUACAUGAACUCAGCAAACUCAUCAUUCCUUCCGACCGACAAACAAGAAGUCAUGCUCCUGAAGACCUAGCUCCACCAAGAGUCAAGAAGGACAGACUUUCUGCGCCAGCUAUUGUACCUGCCGAGCCAGUGGCUGGAGGGAGACAGCUGAGAACUAGAAAACCA